GACAUCCGGGAUUCAGAUGUUUUUUCAUCAAAACGAUGCGACCGAUAUGAGCGUUGUGUAGCUGCCCUGUGGGUAUGGUUUAUCGUAUGCAUUUUGAUAUGAUUGCAAAAAUGGAGCUGGAAAGUAAAGACCGCGUGGUUUCUGACGAUUUGAAAAGAACGGCCACGUGUAUCGCUAGCGCUGCAGGUGCAGAGUGCGGGUGUGGUCAAGAAUGUGACGAAAACUCUAACACAAAAGUUGACAUCAGGCACAGACAUUCAGGUACCCGUAUGAUAACGUCAGAGUGUGCAAGUGGAAAGGAAGUCGAGUGUAAGGAUCAGAGUCAUAAGAAACUGAUUGUGGAGCGCGAGACAGGAGAAAACACUGACAUGGAGGAUAAGAACUCUGAUCACACAUUUUGCUUCGAGUCGGAUCAUCUAGCAUUAAAAAACAACACAGAUUACCAGAAACUUCUUCAAGCUCUUGUAUGUUUGGAGAGACAAAGAUGUCAAGCCAUUCAGGAUUUGGAGAAACUGUAUGCAAUGCAGGACCAAGCUUUGAAUGAUCCAACAAGCUUCAUACAACAGCUAAGAAAUAAGACUGAUGUGUUAGAGAAAGAAGUACCAAAGGCUCAGGCUCUUACUCAAGUGCCUACGAUCUAUUGGCAGGCGUAUGGCUCAGCUGCUCAAGAAGCAGUCAAUAUUGCUACUGCCGAUCGUAAUAUUGGAAAAAGAAAAAUGACAGACAAUCCAACACCAACAGCAAAUGUGAGUUGUAGCACUGCUGGGGCUGGUUCGAGUCAAAAACAAGUAAAGCAUCCAUCUGAAGGAGCUGUGGUGAGAGGUCGUGUAUACAGCCAGACGAAACCAGUCACAUUCAACCAGUUGUGGAAACCCGAGGAGCAAGCUAAGCUUGAAGAGCUACUGGUCAAAUAUCCGAGCGAGGAAACGGAAACAAGACGUUGGGAAAAGAUAGCAAGAGAGAUGCCACAUAGAGCACCAAAACAAAUUGCUAGUCGAGUUCAGAAGUAUUUUAUCAAGUUGGCUAAAGCUGGUUUGCCGAUUCCUGGUCGAAUGCCGAGCUCCAACAUGUACAAGAAGAGCAAACCUAAUUCUUACUCGGUUCUCUCGAAACCAUCUACUUUCUUUUCUACACAUCGUCCUCAUGUUUUGAUGGAUAACGAUGAUGACUACAUUGAUGAGACACAUUCUGUGGGAGUCGCUGAGGCUGUACAAAGUCAUUCAGCUGCUGUCGCACACAGGCAACCCACUAAAGUUCCACAUCUAGAAGAUGACUCAGAAGAUGAACUAUUGAGUGAUCCAUUGCUAUGGAACACAGACGAAUAUGAAGAACUUGUAAGACUACAAGAAUUAAGAAAAGUCAGAUUGCAAUGUAACAAUGUUGAGUUACAUGAACCAGAUACAAAAAGAUGUCUGCCAGUAUCAAAUUGUGUAUCUGAGCAGUCAAGUAUGAAGACUAACUGUAUUGAUAGAGACUAUGUAUCAUCAGGUGUAUACAGUUAUCUAGAUCCAAACUACCAACCUACAGAAAGCUAACAAUAAAAGAGUAAAUAAAAGGUAAC